AUAAAAAUCUCUGUCCUUCUUUGCCAACCAAAAUCUACAAACACACAUUAUCUUUCGACUUUCUUAUUCAUAGCUAUCAUAACCCCAAAAAAAAAAAAUCCCUCGACCAAAAAAAUUAAGAAAGUAAAAAGGAGAUUCUAUCCAUUAUUCUAUAAUCCUUAUUUUUAAAUCCAAGCAUUUUGACUUUUGUGAUAAAGAUUAGAAGAAAAGAAAGCGAUGAGGAACGAAACGGGUGGUACCAUGGUCGUUGAUCUCCAAACCGAUCCAUAUAACAAUAACCUCAAUCGCCACGACCUUAGCGAUGGUCCCAAACCGAGACCUAAAUUUGGUGAUCUCUUGAAAGCUGAUCACGACGGAAUAUUCCCUCCUGACGAUCCCAUCAUUGUAAACAGCAACUUAACUCACCAGCGAUUCAGCAGCGUCUCGGCCUCCACCAUGAGCAGCGGUCCGGCCAGCGGAGAAGGUUCUCCCUGCGUAAUGUCUCCUUGGGCUCGCGUGUCUCCCCCUUGGGGUGCGGAUUUCAACGAAGACAAUGUCCUCGAAACCAACGGUCUCAUUGGAUCCAUUGUAAGGAAAGAAGGGCACAUAUACUCGCUAGCCGCUUCUGGUGACCUUCUCUACACGGGCUCGGACUCGAAGAACAUUAGGGUUUGGAAGAAUUUGAAGGAGCAUGCCGGGUUCAAAUCCAGUAGUGGGCUCAUUAAGGCCAUUGUGAUAUUCGGAGACAGGAUCUUUACCGGUCAUCAAGACGGGAAGAUCCGGAUUUGGAAGGUUUCCAAGAGAAAACCGGGAAAACACAAGCGGGUUGGCACAUUGCCGACUUUUAAAUCAAUGGUCAAGAGCUCCGUAAACCCUAAGCAUUACAUGGAGGUACGCCGCAACAGAAACUCCGUGAAGACGAAGCAUAACGACGCCGUAUCUAGUCUUAGCCUCGACGUGGAUCUUGGUUUGUUGUAUUCCAGUUCUUGGGACACGACGAUCAAAGUGUGGAGGAUCUCGGAUUCUAAAUGUUUGGAGUCGAUACAUGCACACGAUGACGCGAUAAACUCUGUAAUGUCCGGUUUCGAUGACUUGGUGUUCACGGGAUCCGCGGAUGGCACUGUUAAAGUGUGGAAACGUGAGAUGCAAGGCAAAGGAACGAAACAUGUGCUAGCUCAAGUUUUGCUCAAGCAAGAAAACGCAGUCACGGCUUUGGCCGUAAAAUCAAAAUCUUCCAUCGUAUAUUGCGGAUCCUCUGACGGGCUAGUGAACUAUUGGGAGCGUUCAAAGCGGUUAUUCACAGGCGGAAUACUAAAAGGCCACAAAUCCGCAGUACUAUGUCUCGCUAUAGCGGGGAACUUGCUGCUGAGUGGUUCAGCCGACAAGAAUAUAUGCGUGUGGAGACGGGACCCGUCUGAAAAGUCCCAUCAGUGUCUCUCUGUUUUGACGGGACACAUGGGACCGGUAAAGUGUUUAGCGGUGGAAGAGGAACGGGCUUAUCGUAAGGGGGCAAAAGCCUCUGCAACGGCCGAAGGAGACAGGAAGUUUAUUAUAUACAGCGGAAGUUUGGACAAGUCGGUGAAAGUGUGGCGAGUGUCGGAGAGGAUGGCCACGUGGAGGGAGAUGGACGAGCCAGCAGCAUCUUCCGGACGGAAGAGCUCUUCCUCUCAGCAUGAAGGGAGUGGCGCGUGGGGUUCACGGGACAUGGAAAAAUAAAAAAAGAGUGGAAGGAAGCAUAUAGAUUAUAGAGUGUGAUUAUUUUCAAAACUGUCCCGUCGUUGCUCAGUCACGCCGGGAAAGAGUCACAAAGGAUUGAUUUCAAUUUCAUGACCAAGUCAACUAAGAGGUUUGUGCCGCGUUAGCAUGGUGAGAGAAUCCAAAGUCGGGUUCAUGGUUUUCACGUAGUGAGUUUUGCUUUUUCUUCUCUAAACGAAAGUGUAAUCUUUAUUUUUUUCCCUAAAUUUGUAAAAUAAACAAGGAGAAAGACGGAUUCAAACGUGUUUGUUUUAUUUAUAUUUUCUG